AUGGGCAACGUGCUAUCCGCUUGCUGCAAGGGUCGGCCCAAAGACAGCCUCUACGAACCCGCUCUUGCCGACAGUGAACGCGAAGCUGUAGCUGAUCUGCUUCAGUAUCUCGAAAACCGAGCCGACACCGACUUCUUCAGCGGCGAGCCGCUGCGCGCCCUCAGCACCCUUGUAUACUCUGACAACGUCGACUUACAACGCAGCGCCAGUUUAACCUUUGCCGAAAUCACUGAACGAGCAGAUGUACGCGAGGUCGACCGAGAUACCUGCGAGCCUAUCCUCUUCCUGCUUCAGAACUCCGAUAUUGAGGUGCAACGGGCGGCGAGUGCUGCCCUUGGCAAUCUAGCGGUCAACACCGAGAACAAAGUUGCCAUUGUCCAGCUCGGCGGCCUUCCUCCACUCAUUCGCCAAAUGAUGUCGAACAAUGUCGAGGUUCAAUGCAACGCCGUCGGAUGCAUCACAAACCUCGCAACCCACGAGGAAAACAAGGCAAAGAUAGCACGAUCGGGUGCUCUUGGACCUCUCACUCGACUGGCAAAAUCCAAGGACAUGCGAGUCCAACGCAAUGCCACUGGUGCACUGCUCAAUAUGACACACUCUGAUGAUAACAGACAGCAGUUGGUCAAUGCUGGUGCCAUUCCAGUUUUGGUCGAGCUGCUCCGUUCUCCUGAUAUGGACGUCCAAUACUACUGCACAACCGCCCUUAGCAACAUUGCCGUCGACGCUGCCAAUCGAAAGAAAUUGGCUCAGACCGAAUCCAAACUAGUCCAGUCACUCGUUCAGUUGAUGGACUCAGGCACACCCAAAGUCCAGUGCCAGGCCGCUCUUGCACUUCGAAACCUCGCUUCCGACGAAAAAUAUCAACUGGAGAUUGUUAGAGCUCGUGGUCUUGGUCCGCUUCUUCAUCUGAUGCGGAGCACCUACUUCCCACUCACUCUUUCCGCUGUUGCUUGUAUUAGAAACAUAUCUAUCCAUCCCCUCAACGAAUCACCAAUCAUCGACGCAGGAUUUCUCAAGCCGCUGGUUGAGCUGCUCAGCUCUACCGACAAUGAAGAAGUCCAAUGUCACGCAAUCUCGACUCUCCGAAAUCUGGCUGCAAGCUCCGACAAGAACAAACAGCUCGUCCUUGAAGCUGGUGCUGUACAGAAGUGCACCGAGAUGGUAUUGUCAGUCCCACUCAGUGUUCAGUCCGAAAUGACAGCAGCCAUUGCCGUCCUGGCUCUCUGCGAUGAUCUAAAACCUGAUCUCCUCAAGAUGGGUGUUUUCAAUUGCUUGAUUCCCCUAACCGACUCGGAAAGUAUUGAAGUGCAAGGUAACAGUGCGGCCGCGCUCGGCAAUCUGUCGUCUAAGGUGGGCGAUUAUUCGAUUUUCGUGCGAGACUGGAAUGAGCCCAACGGUGGCAUUCAUGGCUAUCUCAAUCGCUUCCUCUGCAGCGGCGAUCCUACCUUUCAGCAUAUUGCAAUUUGGACCCUUCUGCAGCUGCUUGAAUCUGAAGACAAAAAGCUUCUGAGCCUCGUGGCCAAAUCCGAAGACAUCAUUCAAAUGGUCAAGACUAUCGCCGACAAGCCGGUCGAAUCAGACGAUGAAGACGGCGAGGACGGCGAAGGUGAGGUUGUCGCCCUGGCGCAACGCUCUCUCGAGCUCCUCGGCAAAGGUCCACGCCAGACGUUGGUCGAAGGCUGA